AUGACAUUUAUGUUAGCUAUUUUCUGGUUGCAAUGGUUUGAAGCAUUUAUAGCAAAAUGUAUCAUACUACCGUAUCAAUAUGGAUUAUUGACAGUUGGAGGUGAAAAUCAAAUAUUGAUCAAAUUCACAUGUUCUGUUUCAGAUCCUACAAAAGCUUAUACAUCUUGGUGGACUGAUUUAGAAUCUGAUAUGAUACCAAUAAAUUAUUCUGAUAAUAUAAUACCACUUUUAGUUGCUUCUCAUCUUCUUUGGCAUUAUAUUUAUUCAAUUAUGUUUGGUGUUGUUGCAACAGGAACCGAAAGAAUAUUCGCUACCUUUUAUAUACAGUAGGACCAAAACAAAAUUUUUUAAAAGUAUUUUUUGAAUGUUUUUUUAGUGACUACGAACGUAAAUCAAGGCGAUAUAUUCCAAUUUCAUUGUUUAUAAUCACACAUAUAAUUACUGUUCCAUUUGCUUAUUGUAUGACUUAUAAUAUAUUUCCUUAUUAUAUUGGCUUUGGAACUAUAAUUUUUCUCAUGGCGCUUUCUCUGACAGUAAGUACCUAUUUGUAUACAAAUCCUGAUUCAUUAUUUUUAAAGGUAUUCUUAUUAGUCUGGAAAAUAAAUUUCAAACUCAAAAAUGAAAUGGAGAAGAAUUUGGCGAGCAGAAUUUUCACCCUUGGUGAAAAAUUUCAAAUCAAAGAAAAUUAUCGAGCACUUUUAAUGGCGAAAAGAAUUCUUAUAUUUGCUGUAUGUUAUGCUCCAAUUACUUCAACUUGUUUCACUUUGGUAAACUUUAAAAUCAUUGGAAACAAUGCUGCGAUUUUCAUACAUUUGAUGGAAAACUCAAUCAGUUUGUAAGUAUUCAACUAAAAAUUAAAAAAAAUAUUUGCUCGUGUUCUUACUGAAAACUUGUAGAAAAGGGCUUUCUAAAUUUCUGGAAAAUAUCUACUACAGACGUAUUCUCAUAAUAAAUUUUCCGACUGACGUAUAAUCUAAUUUAGUUUACAAAUUUUUGAUUCGGGUGAUUUUUCAACUCACAAUGAAACUUAUAAAAAUAUAGAUGUUUCAGAAUUGAAGAAUAAACUUAUAACAAUAUUUUCAGCAAUCCUCUAUUUACAUGUCCUGUUCUUAUAUCAUGUUCUUCAGUUUGGGUCAAUCAAUUCUACAAAUGUUGCCCAAUUCUUCAUAAUAUUUUGAAAAAGAAAAACAAUGCGGUGAAAGAAAAGAUAAACGAGACUGAUAUAUACUUUAAUCAACUAAAGAAUGCAUGGAUAUAA